AUGAGGAUGGCAACAGGGCAGGCGAUGGGAUCUCUUACCUACAGAGUGGCUAACGCCCCAACUGUGGACAACCUCUUAUUUCACCUCAGCAAUGAGCCGAUGGAUCGACUGCUCAUGCCGAAAGUCAUCAAUGCUGCCCUUGGCCGUGUCGCGAAGCUUGCGACAAUCUCUCAUCGAGGCGAGAACGGCAGCAUCGUUUUCGACAAGGUUAUGAGUAUUAUGCUGAAAGGUCUCAAAUGCCGAGAGUGGGACAAUAGGAACUUGGCAGGAGCCUUCUGGGCGGUAGCGAAGUUCCACAGCGAAACCACUGAGACCCCGUUGUCCCCCGAACGAGUGGUUGAGCUGUUCGAGGCUAUGACCCCCUAUGUGAAGCACGACACAUGCAGUGCGGUUGACGUGUCCAACAUACUGUGGGCGCUGGGAACCUUCAAGCUGGCUAUGAACCAUGAGUUUCGGUAUUCGUCGUUGGUUGAGGACCUGGCUGCUUCUCUGUGCACUGCCUGGUCCCGGGUUCUGGUCUCCAGCGAGCCCGGUACUCGGGCUGUCAGUACAACGGCCUGGGGAGCGAUCACAGUGCUAGCGGACCAUCGUGGUGCAGAGGGGCUCAAACUGAUGAAGGCCACUCUCAGUCAUGCAAUACCACGACUGCAGGACUUCAAGCCUCCAGAGAUCGCUAUGCUUCUCCAUAUGGUCGUUCGUUGUAGUGAUGCCCAGAACCUGCCAGAAUACAUCGAGAAGGAGCCCGAGGGGCGCAUCGGCCCUGCUCACAUAGUGGACAUAUGCUGGAGUGUUUCCAUCCGGUCUCACGUUCUGCCCGAGCCUAUUCUCGGCGACUUGGUAUCUCUCGCUGCGGCAAUCGCACAGGGUUGCGGCACCGUGCGAGACAUCACGAUCGGCCGCCUCUCUGAGGUCCUUGCACGGUCGACAGUUUAUCGAGAUUAUGGCACCUAUCCCGCGAGAGAUCAGCUGUACUGGGACAACGAAUGGGUGGCUAGAUUCACCACGAUUGAACGGUUAUGCAAACCGUGUAAAUGCUCAUGCUUCGGCAGGUUUCCUCGGCGGGCUCUAGACACUAUGAUGGUUCUCGACGCCCGAGUGUGCGUGAGCUGUUUGCAAAAGUUAUCCGAGAAGAAGGCGUCCGGCCUGCACUAUACCGGGGCUUUGAUUCCAAGCAUGUGGGGAUCUGCUCAAGGUGGAAUUCAGUUCAUGAUCUACGAGCCCACCAAGUAA